AUGAAGCUUGCCACGAUCCUCUCGUUCGCCGGUGCAGUGGCUGCACUUCCGGCCGCUAGGAACGAUGUAUCCGCCCGAGCUUCCUACUCGAAGGUGGAUGGUCUCAAGUUCAACAUCGACGGUGUUACGAAAUAUUAUGCCGGCACCAACAGCUACUGGAUUCCUUUCCUAACCAACGACAAUGAUGUGAACGUAAUCAUGGGUCAUUUGGCUACUUCCAAGCAGAAUAUACUGAGAGUUAACGAUGUCACAUCCAUUCCCAGCUCUGGCACCGUGUAUUUCCAGUCUUUCUCCGGCUCAACAGCAACCAUUAACACUGGCGCCAACGGUCUCCAGCGCCUGGACGCAGUCGUAAAGGCUGCCGAGAAGAACGGCAUCAAGCUCAUCAUCAACUUCGUAAACAACUGGACUGACUACGGUGGCAUGGCAGCUUACUUCUCCGCCUGCGGCGUCAGCAGCAACGCUCAAUGGUACCAGUCCACUAAAUGCCAGGCCAUGUACCAAGCAUACGUCGAGGCCGUGGUCUCUCGCUAUCGCACCUCGACUGCUGUCUUUGCCUCGUCCAACUACGUCCGCUCCCUCGACUCAGACCAUAUGAUUGCUAUCGGCGACGAGGGUUUCGGUCUCACUGGCGAUGGCUCGUACCCUUACCAGUUCGGCGAGGGUCUUGAUUUCGCCGCUAACCUCGCACUGCCCAACGUCUCCUUCGGCACCUUCCAUCUCUAUCCCGAAAGCUGGGGUACAACGAACGACUGGGGUAGUGCGUGGAUCACUGCGCAUGGCGCCGCAUGCGAGAAAGCUAACAAACCCUGUUUGCUGGAAGAGUAUGGAGUGGAAGUUGCCGCUGACCAUUGCCCAGUCGAGAGCGAGUGGCAGGCGACCAGCUUGGGUCUCAAAGAUGCAGGUAUGGCUGCAGAUUUGUUUUGGCAGCUCGGUGAUACAAUUCCCAGUACGGGAGCGCUGACAAGCAAUGAUGGGAAUACCAUCUACUACAACAGCUCGGAUUGGACGUGUCUUGUCACAGACCAUAUCAAGAAGAUUGGUUGA